AUGGCCAGCCUAAACCAAAGACAUACACAUUCUGAUCAUUCGGACGAAGAUUCAAGCAGCGUAAAUAUUUAUGAUGAGCAAGAGCAAGAACAGCUCAUAGCCUCCUUAAAAGCUGAAAAUGAUCGAGUGAACAACUUUUUUAGGAAUCCGCUAGAUCUUGAAAUUCCUCUUCCACUUCCUAAACCAGUACCCUCCACAGCACCUUAUCCAGCAUUGUCUACUAUAUGUUCUUUACUGUCUUUGCUAGUUUCCGCAUACAUUGUAAAAUCUCCAAAAAUUGAGAUGUCGCAUGUGUAUAGUGGAUUGUUCGUGUCCUUUGUACCAUUGUUGGUAUCGCAUGCUAUACGCAAAGGGGAAGUGUUAUGGUGGGGAAUACCGUUAGGUAUGUUUAUGGUUAACGUUGUUGCUGUGUACUGGAUUAAAGAGUCGGAAGGAAACUUGCGGGACUUUGAGAAAUUGAAGUACAAUUACAAAGGAGCGUAG